AUGGGCCCAAAUGUGCCACGCCUGGUGGACCUAAAACUUAAAUAUACCGACUUCUGGGCCGGCCUUCAUGGCCAGGUCCCGGGGUUGCUGGACUGGGAUUUGGGGGCCGAGUUCUUCCUGGCCUGCACCAACACACACAGGCCCCUGAGCGAGCAGAACCUUGCUAGAUACAGAAUCCGGAUAAUUGAGCCCCCAAGUCUACCUUUGGCCUUAAAACCCAAUCCAGAUGAAGAUGGACCCAAUUUUGAGCCUAACUUGUGGAUGUGGGUAAACCCCAACAUCGUAUACCCUCCAGGAGAACUGGAGGUCCUAGAAUCUAGAAAGAGGGAGUCUCUGAUGCUGUCUGAAGAGGAAGAAGAUUCCAGCUGCUCAGAGGCAACUGUGGUGGAGUCGCUGCCACCUUCCUCCGGUGAGCAAUCUCCAUCACAGAAGCUGUGGGUCUCUUCCCUCAGCAGCCUCAACAACCAAGAGCUCACAGAAGAGGAGGAGGCUGAGGAACAGGACGGCAGAUCUGCGGCUCUCCUACCCCUUCACAAAAGGGCCAGGAGGCUUCUGCAAACGAGCAGCCAGAAGGGGCACCUCUGGCCCCGGCCCCCGCUCAAUUACUUCCACCUAAUUGCCCUGGCAUUAAGAAACAGCCCGCCCUGUGGUCUCAACGUGCAGCAGAUCUACAAUUUUGCUCGACAGCAUUUCCCCUUUUUCCGGACAGCCCCAGAAGGCUGGAAGAAUACUGUCCGCCACAACCUGUGUUUUCGGGACAGCUUUGAGAAGGUGCCGGCCAGCAUGCAGGAUGAGGCCAGUACACGGCCUCGGUCCUGCCUCUGGAGGCUGACUGCGGAGGGCCAGCGCCGCCUUGAAGAAGAGACCCACACCUUUGAUUCCAUAUGGCUGCGGCGGAUCCAGCAGUGCAUGAGCCAGCCAGAUGUGAUGCAUUUCCUCUUUGACUUUUAA